AUGGAUGAGCAACAAGGCUCGAGCUCCUCUGAAGAGUCAUCAUCUGGUGAUGAGACGUCCUCCGACAUUACGCUGCACGAGAUAGAAGAGGUAUACAGUCUCGACACGUAUGAGCGCCGGAGCGUCAUUCACGCGCACAAGGGCAGCGUACUCGGCUUAUGCCUUUCGCAAGACCGGAAUUGGCUCUUCUCGAGCGCGGCAGAUCCCAUAGUCAAUGUAUGGUGCACAUCAACCUUCAAGCACCUGUACGCCUUGUGGUCGCCCUACGACAUCGGGGACAUAUUCUGCGUCGCAUACUCGUCAUACCACCGCGCCGUCUACUUUGGCGCUCAAAACACUAGUAUACAGUGGUACGAUUUGAAAGAGAAAGACACCCGACCAGCCCCGAGCCUAUCCUCCCAUCCAGCCGAACGCAAAAACAAAUUCUUCGACUCGCUCGGUCCUGGUGGCGCACAAACACCGAGGCCAAGCGGUGCGGACAGCAAACCACGACAUGCCGUGGGUGGACAAGAGCUUCAAGUUGACAGCCAUGACAUUUGUCAAUUUGCGCACUAUGGAUAUGUCCAUUGCAUGCUCUUGGGGACUGGUAUACUGCCGGACGCACCAUCGGAAGAAGUCCUCAUCUCUGGAGGUGGAGAUGGGCGCAUAUUGCUUUGGCGGAUAGAUCCGAAGCGGCGUGGAGCCAUCUCGACUAUCUGCACGCUCGAAGACGGAAGAGAAGAAGGGGAAUCGAUUCUGUCUCUCGCCAGGGAGGGCUCGUUCCUCUACAGUGGACGCUUCGACGGCGAAAUCAACGUAUGGGACCUAGAGACACGACAACUAGUCCGGAGUCUCAAAGCGAGCACUGGCGAUGUGCAUACGUUGACUUUGGGCGCCGGUAUCCUCUACGCCGGCGGCAAGACGGGUAUCAUGCAGAAAUUCAACGAACAUUACGAAUCCGUCACGACCUUCAAGGCGCAUGACGGCCUGAUUCUCGCUUCCGCAAUUGCCAGGUACAGCGAAAAACCUAUUCUCGUCACGGGCGGCAACGAUAAUACCGUGGUAAUAUGGGAAGUAAAGGAUUGCGCUGAGCCGAGUGCCGCUACCCGAAGAAGCAAUAAUGAUCUCAUGGUGGAGUCCUUGGGCCAGUUCGUCUCUUUUCGGACCGUAUCUUCGCUGCCCAAGUACCGCGCAGACUGUCGCAGAGGUGCAUCGUAUCUCCGGUCCGUCUUUCAAAAUUUUGGCGCUGUCACCGAGAUGAUAAAUACAAGUGACUACAACCCUAUUGUCUUCGCCAAGUUUCGCGGCAACCCGGCAACGGCGGCAUCGCGGAAGAAGAUUUUAUUUUACGGUCACUACGAUGUCAUUGCUGCAGAAAACGAACAUCGCAAGUGGAAACACGACCCCUUUACCUUGACUGGCGAAGGGGGUUAUUUGUAUGGUCGCGGUGCAUCUGAUAAUAAAGGACCAAUCAUGGCCGCGAUAUAUGCGGCACAUGAACUGGCCAAUGAGCAGAGCCUAGACUCCGAUAUCAUCUUCCUCAUCGAAGGAGAGGAGGAGAGUGGCUCGCGUGGGUUCGAAAAGGCUGUGAAAGCCAGAAAGGACCUCAUUGGCGAUGUUGACUGGAUCCUCCUCGCCAACAGUUAUUGGCUAGAUGAUCAUGUGCCAUGCCUGACGUACGGACUUCGGGGUGUCAUCCAUGCCACAGUACAGGUUGAGAGUAAGCAUCCUGAUUUGCACAGCGGUGUCGACGGUAGUGCGUUACUCGAUGAGCCGCUCAAAGACCUCGUCAUGCUGUUAUCCAAGUUGACUGGCCGUCAUGGCAAGGUCCAUAUCCCAGGCUUCUACGAUCCAAUUCUACCCCUGACAGCUGAUGAAAAGGACCUGUACACUGAGAUUACAGAGACUUUGUUGCGCAGCAAUCCAGAUCUAGGCGACCCAGAAGAACUGGCACAGUCGCUUAUGCGUAGAUGGCGAGAGGCCUCACUCACCAUCCAUCGCUUCCAAACUUCUGGUCCAGAGAACUCGACCAUCAUACCGCGACUUGCCAAGGCUGCUUUAUCUAUACGUCUAGUACCUAACCAAGAAGCCGGCAACGUGGCUGAGAGUUUAAAGGUAUUCCUACAAGCUGAAUUCGACGAGCUUGAUUCAAAGAACAACCUCAAACUCACCAUCGACCACCAAGCCGAGCCGUGGCUGGGCGACUUCAACAAUGAAAUCUUCCAAACACUCGAGCGCGCCAUCAUGAACGUAUGGGGCCCCACUCUCGGCCAAAGAAGAGAAAGCACAGCAGCACCGGAUUACUUCUCCUCGUCGUCAAAAACAGCAGAUGAACCUCCAACGCCCACAACCAAACACACUCCCACACCCGCAACAUCAAACACCCUUGCCAACUCCUCCGACCCAGCCCUCACCACCUCUACCCCAUCAUCCGGCACGUCAACGCCACACCCCACCACUGGAACUGACACCGCAUCUCGCAAACCCCUGUACAUCCGCGAGGGAGGCUCUAUCCCCAGUAUAAGGUUCCUGGAAAAAGAGUUCAACGCACCCGCUGCGCAUCUACCCUGCGGUCAGGCGAGCGACAGCGCGCAUUUAGAUAACGAGCGUCUGAGAUUGGUCAAUUUGUACAAUAGCAAGAAGAUCUUUAAAGAAGUGUUUCGGGAGUUGCCUAAGCGAUGA